AUGUUCGAAGGUAGCAAAGCUGGUAUGUCAGUUUUCUACGGUCAUUGUCCUCAAGCAAAAUCAUACCAAGCCGACCCAGAACGGGACUUCAAGGCAAUCAAAACCGCGCUGUGUCAAGUUGAUCGUGCACUUUACCUGACUGUUCAGCCUGUGCUCUAUGAAUAUUUGGACAUUCGGGUGCCAUUGCGAUGGCAGCGCCUGGCGAGUCUCGAAUCGCUCCUAAGUACAAACAAUUCUGGAUUUCGUUUCACACGCGCUUUCAGGAUUAUAAAUUCGAGGACUUUGGACGGAGCAGGUGCUGACAAAGGAGGACUUGGUGUAUUGAAAGUGACCGAGCAAGACGUUGAAGCUCGCUUCUUAUCCUACGAGCCUGAAUCCCAUGCAUCAUACACUCUCAAUGGACUGAUUCGUCUCAUACUUGGGAGACUUACUCCUAACAGCCUUCGUAUAUUUUUAUGGCAUCAUGAUUGCUUCAUCGACACGGUCACCAUAUAUCAACUUUUCACGUCACAAGGAAAGUCUUUGCAGCACUUAGCAUUUCGUGCCCACAUCUCGGGACAAGGAGAAGCACAAUUGUCUUAUGCUGGUCUGCGUCGUCUAUAUAUGCCUGACCUACGUCUGGAUGAGGGCACUUGGCCCUUGCAGCUCCUUGCUCAGAAUUACGGGACAUUGGAACACUUGCACAUUGGGAUUGAGGGAUUUUUGUUUCGCGAAUACGCCAAAAAAGGUAGACUUGAGGCUAAUGGAGAUGAGCGAUGGCAGAAAACAACUGCCAUUGUGUCCGCACUCAAAUCUGCAAAAGACAAGACAGAUCAAGCCACGAGCGACAUGCGUCAGCUUAAGUCAAUGACCCUCAUUGGGUUAGAUAUUUCGGCUCUUUGUGCAGGGACCGAAGCUAUUCUCAAGUUUAAUUGCCUUCAAAGACUCUGCGUUGAGUCAUGCGUGGGAUUGGAAACAGCCUUUUCAUUUCUCGUGGCUAAAGCUACAGACUCCGACCGUAUACCUUUUCAGGAACUCAGGAUACGACAUGAGCACAUCUCGGCCACUUUCCUUAACAUUCUUCGCGACUUUCUAGUCAAAUUACGGCCUUUGAAACGACUGCACAUACUCCUAGAAGGUGAAUGCACCCGCGCAGGGGAUCUGAAGAGUAUCUUGAAGGUUCACGGUCGAUCACUAAUGUCAUUGGUCUGGGAGCAAAGGACCGGACCGCGUCUUGUCUGGGGAAGAGAUACCAUAGUCAGCCGAAAAGACCACAUGGAGUUCCGACUCAUAGCAAAGUACUGCCGAGAAUUGCGAUCAUUGGGUCUGGGAGUCCGGUGGGAUCACUUCCAUGACUUUAUGGGCGCGAAUGCUGAGCUCGAAUCAUUCUUCAGUAAGCUCAAGUAUCUGAGGACUUUCAACAUUCGGGGACUGCCUGCUAUGUCUCUUGACGAACGGGGCAUCUGGCUAGAUGAGGAUUACUUUUUUGAAGGUCUAGCGACAAAAUUUGCAGAAAGAAUAUGCCAAGCUCUAAAAACCAUCAGCAAUGUCGAGACAUUAUGUUUGGGACCGAUCACGUUCGGAGGCAUGAAACUUUCAACAGCUGCUUACGAUCGCGAGUGGAAUUAUAUGCAACCUCGAAUUUAUCAUCUACAGUAUUUGCGUAGAGAGGGAAGACUUAGAACAGUGUCACCAUGGGUUGCGAAAGCCCAAUUGCUCGCGGUAGGAAACGUACACGAUGCUGAGGACUGGGCAAAGGAUCUUGGCAUAUUCAGUCCGUGCUGGCUGGAUGGCAAGCAUUACUCAUGA